UGAUGCACUAUUUUCGGGAAUAGGGACGAUACUUGACAGGAAGGGUUAGCUAGAAAGAUUAUGUAUGUGCUUUCGACCAGAAAGGAAAGAAACUCGUCGGGCAAAAACAAAUUCGUUUGGAAUAUUGACAUGACUAAGGAUAUUGUCUUGUCAAGAUCAACUCAGUCUUUAUAGUUUCACAACGGAUAAUUAUAUUCUGGAUCUACGAACAGAACGAUACGGAAGUAAACUUGCCAUCUGGCUAGCUUGCUAACGGCUAGAGUCUGGAUGCCAAGUCUGGGGGUGAUGGAGCUGGGCAGGCAACUGUGUGGGAAGAUGAGGAGGUCAAGGAGGGCCGAGGGCCCCGUCACUGUGACCAUGAGAGGUCUGGAGAUUCAUUUCUACCUACCAGAUACUCAACCGCUGGAGUUCCUCAAAGACCGCUUCACCGCUGAGGAGCUGUGUGUGGAGGCUGCCAAAAGAUGCUAUAUCUCCCCCCUGUGCUGUAAUCUGUUUGGUCUGUAUGAUGAGAACCAACAGCUGUGGUACGCUCCCAACCACGUCAUCAAGGUUACUGACGAGACCUGCAUCAAGCUGCACUACCGCAUGAGGUUUUACUUCACUAACUGGCAUGGUACCAGUGAGCGUGAGUCUCCAGUGUGGAGACACUGUAUCAGUAAGCUGAGGGGAGGUCUCGGCCCACAGAGGGCCCCUGAAGGUAUACCCCUACUGGACGCGGCCUCCCUUGACUACCUGUUCGCCCAGGGCCAGAAUGAUUUCCAGAAGGGUCUGGCUGUGGUUCGUUGCCCCCAGAGUGAGGCAGAGCAGCAUGAGAUAGAGAAUGAGUGCCUGGGCAUGGCUGUACUGGCCAUCACUCACUAUGCUAUGACCAGAGCGAUUCCCCUGUCUACUGCCUCCAAUGAGAUCAGCUACAAGCGUUUCAUCCCGGAGAAACUGAACAGGCAAAUCAAACAGCGAAACAUUCUCACCCGGCUCCGCAUCAACAACGUCUUCAAGAACUUCCUGAAUGAGUUCAACAGUCGCACUGUUCAAGACAGUAACAUCACACUGUACGACCUGAAGAUCAAGUACCUGUCCACCCUGGAAGGCCUGACCCGGGGCCUGGGGAGGGAGAUGCUGGAGCCCAGGGCCCUGGUAGUUACCCAAGAGGUAGAGACCAAUGGGGAGCUGAGCCACGGGCCUGAGUCCUCCCUGGCCAUGGAGGUCCAGGUUACUGGCACCACAGGGAUAUCAUACAGGAGGAAGCCCCCUAAUAAUACCUUGAUCCUGAAAGAGAAGAACAAGUCCAAAAAGAACAAGUUUGAGGGCAAACAGACCAAGAAGAAAGAUGCCAGCGAAGGCUGGGUGACAUUCUGUGACUUCCACGAGAUCACACACAUUGUCAUCAAAGAGUCCACUGUCACCAUCUUCAGACAGGAUAACAAGAAGAUGGAGGUGCAGCUGGAGUUUAAAGGAGAGGCGCUGGCGUUCGCUGCUCUGGUGGAUGGGUAUUUCCGUCUGACGGUCGAUGCCCAUCACUACCUGUGUACAGAGGUGGCCCCUUCCUCUGUGGUGCAGAACCUACAGAACUGCUGUCAUGGACCUAUCUGUACGGAGUAUGCCAACCAGAAGCUUCGUCAGGAGGGCAACGAGGAGGGAACCUACGUCCUGCGCUGGUCCUGUACUGACUACCAUUACAUCAUCAUGACCGUGGUCUGCAGCGAGUUGGAUCUGUGUGAGUCGAGACAGGUGCGUCAGUAUAAGAACUUCCAGAUCGAGGUGGGUUCAGAGGGUUUUCGUCUGUACGGGACAGAGACCUACAGGUCAUCUCUCAGAGAGCUGCUAGACCACCUGUCUGGACAGAACCUCCGUACCGACAACCUCCGCUUCCAGCUCAGCCGCUGCUGCCCCCCACAGCCCAGAGAGGUGUCCAACCUGCUGGUGGUAACUAAGGACAGAGUGCUAGUUCCCCAGACAACCCUGCAGGAGAGUCAACUCAGCUUCCACAGGAUUCUCAAGGAGGAGAUCAUGCAGGGAGAGCACCUGGGGCUGGGUACCCGGACCAACAUCUAUGCUGGAGUACUGAAGGUGAAGAGUGAGGAGGAUGCAGGAUACUAUCCCUCUCAGGAGCUCAAAGUAGUGCUGAAGGUGUUGGGGUCCGGACACAGAGACAUCUCCCUGGCCUUUUUUGAGACAGCUAGUAUGAUGCGGCAGGUCUCCCAUAAGCACAUCGCCCUGCUCUAUGGAGUCUGUGUACGCCACCUUGAGAAUAUCAUGGUGGAGGAGUUUGUCCAGUUAGGUCCGUUGGAUGUGUUCAUGCGGAGACAACACAGUCCUCUCAGUACACCAUGGAAGUUCCAGGUGGCCAAACAACUGGCCAGCGCUCUCAGCUACCUGGAGGAUAAGAAGCUAGUGCAUGGCUUUGUGUGUACCAAGAACAUCCUGCUGGCCAGAGACGGAGUGGACAGUGAGGGAGGACCCUUCAUCAAGCUCAGCGACCCCGGCAUACCCAUCACUGUGUUGACCAGAGAGGAGUGUGUGGACCGGAUCCCCUGGAUUGCUCCAGAGUGUGUGAAGGACUCUGCCAACCUGAGUGUAGCAGCUGAUAAAUGGGGAUUCGGCACAACACUGUGGGAGAUCUGCUAUGACGGAGAAGUGCCCCUUAAAGACAAGAAACUCACAGAGAAAGAAAGGUUCUAUGCAGCAGAGUGUCAGCUAGCUACUCCAGACUGCAAAGAGCUGGCUGAACUGAUGACCCAUUGUAUGACCUUCGACCCCCGUAAACGCCCGUUCUUCAGGGCCAUCGUCAGAGACAUAGACACCCUUGAGGAACAGAACCCCUCUAUCAAGCCUGUACCCACUCUGGAGGUCGACCCCACUGUGUUCGAGAAGAGGUUCCUCAAGAAGAUUCGAGAUUUAGGAGAGGGUCACUUUGGCAAGGUGGAGCUGUGUCGGUAUGACCCCAGAGGGGACCGGACAGGGGAGCUGGUUGCAGUGAAGAGUUUAAAGCCAGAGAACAGAGAGGAACAGAGCAGCAACCUCUGGUGUGAGAUAGGAAUCCUUAAAGAACUUUACCACCACAACAUUGUCAAGUACAAAGGCAUCUGUCAGGAGGAGGGAGGCAGAGCCAUCAAGUUGAUCAUGGAGUACCUGCCUGCUGGCAGUCUGAAGGAGUACCUCCCUCGCAACAAAAGCCAGACCAGCCUGAAGACUCUGCUCAGUUAUGCUGUCCAGAUCUGUCAGGGAAUGGACUAUCUGGGAUCUCGGAAUUACAUCCACCGGGAUCUGGCGGCCCGGAACGUUCUGGUGGAGAACGAGAGCACGGUGAAGAUCGGAGAUUUUGGACUGACCAAGAGCAUCAAGGACAACGAGGGAUAUUACACGGUCAAAGAUGACCUGGACAGCCCUGUGUUCUGGUAUGCCCCAGAGUGUCUGGUCCACUGUAAGUUCUACCUGGCCUCUGAUGUCUGGUCCUUCGGUGUCACCAUGUAUGAACUACUGACCUACUGUGACUCUGCCAUCAGCCCCAUGACGGUGUUCUUGAAGAUGAUUGGUCCCACUCAGGGUCAGAUGACUGUGACGCGAUUGGUCAAGGCGCUGGAGGAGGGAAAGAGGCUGCCCCGCCCUGAGAGCUGUCCUGGAACGGUGUAUGAGCUGAUGAGGAAGUGUUGGGAGAGCACCCCCGACAGGAGGAUCACCUUCAAGAGCCUCAUCGACGAGUUCACCCGCAUGCUUGCCAACAACAGCUUGUAACCACAGCAACCACCCUCUACGCAAAGCCUUACCUACCACUGAUACAAUCCCAGGGGUCAAGGGUGAAAGGUUAAGGGUCACAGACUAUGGUGACCUGGACCAAAAAAACAACAAAAUCAGUGCUGCUGCAAGACACUUUCUUUCACGCAGUUUUUGACAUCCUCUAUAUUUACACUUCUGUUUUUUCCCGAGAGAUAUUAUACUAGAGAUAUCAACUAUAAGGAUGAAUAUCAUCAAAUCAAAUGUAUUUAUAUAGCCCUUCUUACAUCAGCUGAUAUCUCAAAGUGCUGUACAGAAAUCCGGCCUAAAACCCCAAACAGCAAGCAAUGCAGAUGUAGAAGCAUGAAUACAUACAUAGCAUAUGGAAUGAAAUAUGUGCGAACACGUAGCGUUGACCCCUUGCUGAAUGUGACACUGAGCUGUGUACACCUCUGUCACCUGGGGCCCACCACUCAGUCUGACCUUUUCACCUUUUAUCAAAAUGUAUCAGCUCUGCCAUGUAUGUGUGGACCUGUAUCCUUAUAAUCAGUUCUAAAAUGGAGAAAAGGGUUGAAGAAAAAGCGGGAGAGAGGCCCUUGAUUGGACCUGUGCAAGAUGGACUCUGGAAAAGGAUUGCUACGGCCACUGUGAAGAUGUCACAGUGACAAAGCCAACAACAUGUUAGUGAACAGGAUUCUAACCAUGUACUGACUGCAUGAGGCCACCUCCCUGUGAGUGGUGACAGAUGUGUAGGAUAUAGGAUACUGGUGAAAUAUCAAAUCACAUUUUAUUCUGCACAUUGUUCAUAAACAACAGGUGUAGACUAACAGUGAAAUGCUUAUAUUCGGGCCCUUCCCAACAAUGCAGCGAGUAAAAUAAUAGAAAGGUAAAACAAGAAAUAAUAAAUACACAAUGAGCAACGAUGUAUGGGAUAUAGUAUACUGUUAGCAGUGGGUUGGAUUACUGUUUACAUUGAAGGGAGGAGGAUGGGAAAGUAGUACCUGUGAUGGACAAUGGAGGGCAGUAUAGCUUUACUGUAAACCGCUUGUAUUUCAAAACAGCUUCUUAAGUACAGCCAUAAUGUGUAUGUCCAAUAUUUCAUGUCUUUAUUUGAAUAUACAAUAUUGGGGGUGUGAGGACAGAAGGAAGGAGAUGAAGAACAGAGCCUUAAAAAGGUGUUAUUUGAGACAGUCUAAAAGGGUAAACCACAGAAAAAUAAUUAGCGGAACAGACAUUGUUGUAUAGCUCAUGAAAUGCAUAUGCCAGUAAGGUCUACAGCACAUACAGCAGUGGAGGCUGGUGGGAGGAGCUAUAGGAGGACGGACUGGGAUGGAGUAAAUGGAACGGUAUCAAACACAAAGAUAUGGAAACCACGUUUGACUCUGUUCCAUUAAUUCCAUUGUGGUCAUUACAAUGAGCCCAUCCUCCUAUAGCUCCUCCCACCAGCCUCCACUGACUUACAGGUAUCUUUACCGUAGGCAAACACAGUUGAAAAGGGAAAAUGUGAUAUUGAGAACAUAUGUAAAGAAGGUGCUGGACAGACAAUGUGUGGAUGAGAUAGUCAAUGCAAGAAGAAGACAACACAGAAUAGUUUCAGUUUACAGUUCAUGUUUAUUCUGGAAUGUAAAAGACCAUUCUUUCUGCUCAUAAAGAAGAGAAAACAAAUACAUUUUUCAGAGGAAUAAUGACUCUCGGAAACAUUUACAUAAAUACACAAUUAAAAUAAAUAAAAUCUCAAAUGUA